UCUUGCUUCAGUCUGUCGGUGUCGCGCGAGGCAGAGGGUUGUUUACGUCUUCGUUUAGUCACUCCGCAACCGGACGUUGUUUUAAAUCUCAGUUCUUGUGUUUGCGUUAUUGUUUACAGUUUUUUUCUGUGUGAAACCUAAGAGGGACUCCCCACCGAAACCGAGGAUUUAGCUGCCAACCACCGACAGAGACCCAGACCCACAUCGAGCGCCAAGUUUCGUCCGUUCCGCGCGAUGACGUCUUUCCGGUCGACAUUGACGCUGCGUGCGCCCCCUAGCGCCCUCUAGCCAUGCUGAAGUCGCUCGAGGACUACGUCGUGGAAAUGGAAAACCGCAGUGCCAUAGACCAGAGCCAGGCGCAAGCCCUGAGCGAGGACGUUUGGACGCAGCUGCAACAGAAGGAGAAUGACUUGGUGUUGGCCGCCGAGCUGGGCAAGGCCCUCUUGGAGAAGAACGAGGAACUGAAGCGGCAGCAGGAGGCUCUCGUCGAGGAGUACUCCAAGAAGCUGGAGGCCGUCGAACAGGACAGGCACGUCCUGCGCAGGAAACUCACCUCCAAAGAGUCGGAACUAGACGCGCGUAUCAUCGAGCUGCAGAACGACGUCACCGAGCUCACAGCCAAGCUAGCCGCCAAGGAGAACCUCCUCAAGCAAUGGGACAGGGACAAGGGCAGCCUGGUCACGGAGCUGAACGCCCAGAACUCCAGACUGACCGCCCAAUUAAAAGAAUCCGCCGCCAAGGAGCAGCAACUCCAGCACCAGCUGGAGAGUUACAAAGAACAGCUCGCUAUGGGCAAGACCAACCUCCAGGAACACAUGAGCAGUGUGGAUGGGCUUCGGGACGAACUGGAACUGGUCUCGGAGAAAAACAAGGAGCUCGAGAGGAGGCUGCAUAUGGCAGCCGCGGAGAGGGACAGUCUGGCUUCCGCUCUAGAAGAAGCCUCCGAUAGGAUCUUGCUUUUGGAGAGGCACGCCAGGGAGCAGGACAUCCGCUACCAGCAGAGCAUCAAGGAAUACAGUUUGCCGCAAGAGAAGCUGUCGAUAGAAGAGAGGCUGAGCGCCGGUGAACACCGAUCUCUCUUAUCAGAAAUGGACAUAUCGGAGCCGACGCUGUCCCAGGAGUGCAUGUCGGUGUACCGCCAGCUGCGCUCGCUGGUCGCCCAGCUGAAGUCCCACAACGACGACGACAGCGGCCUGCAUUCCGACUGCUCCACCGCCUCUAUGGAGGAUUCUUCUAGAUUCUCCCCGGGAUUGCUCAGCGAAGUGGCGCAGGAGCUGGUGGGGCUGGUCUUGGACACGGACGUGGUGCGGUUGUUGGAACGGCUCGAGCAAGCGAGGAGGGAGAUCCAGGAACGCGACGAGGAACUCACGAGGAGGGCCGAGCGGAUCAUGGAGCUAAGCAGCAAGGCUUCUGUAUGCGAGGUGGAGCUCGCAGCGGCCCUAGAGGAGAGGGACAGAGCGCGGCACGACGCUUCGGACUCCUCGCUUGCUCAGGACGAGGUCGUAGCUAAGGCCAGGGACGACAGGGACGCCGCCGUCCAAAGGAGGACUAAAGUAGAGGUGGAACUGGCUAAGACGAGGGUGGAACUGAUGCAGGCCAACAGUCAGUUGAUCGAAUCCAUCCAGCAGAAGGUCGACCUUAGCCAGCAGUUGGAACAGUGGCAGAUGGACAUGCAGGAGCUGCUCGACGAACAGCUGAGGAGCAAGCUCUCCAACCAGGAACUGAAGAUGCGGAAGAUCACCAACGACGCGCCGGUCGCGCCACCCAGGAGGCGACUGCUGAGUUUCUUCCAGCGAUAGCACCGCGACGCUCGCGAGAGUCUCACGGCGAACGUAAAUAGUCUCGUGGAGAGUGUUACUGGCGUCGAACGAGCGUACGGGAAGGGGGGACUUUUAAUUUUCCGCGACCUGCAAAAGUGCGUACGGGUACAAAUGCAGGUUUGUAUCUUCGUCUUGUUCUGGGUCGCGUUCUUCGUCACCGUGCUCGUCUGGAAGUUGUUGUACUUCUUCGUGUGUAUUUAUUUGGUGUUGUUUCGUUGGUUUUAAUUCGCCGCGGACGAAACAGCACUACCUUUCGCUCGGUUAGUAGGUCACGUAGCGAGCACAGGAACUGAAGCUGUGACCGACUCCUGAAACUUUGUACUUACUGGGUACUUGUAGAUUUUGUAAAUUGUAACACUAAAGGGGCUGAAGUUAACGCAACUUGUUGAGAAAAAAAAUAGUAAUAUAUUUUGUACGGUCGAUUGUUGGCCUUUGUUAGUUGAAACGGAAGCCUCGUCGUUAACUUUGGCGCUUCUAACUGUUUUUAAUAGUUGUAAAAUGAAUGAGAACUGUGAUUUUUAAGAUUUAGAGCUUUUACACUUGGUACUUAACUGAAUAGUACAGUAAUUUUAUGGUUAUGCAGAGUAGCGUAUUUAUUGCCGCGGCGCACUAGGUUUAGGCGGUUUGAACUUCCAAAGGUUUACGAAAUUUAAUGGUGCGUAACGGAUGAUUAAAAAAAAUGGUCGCCGAGCGUUACAACUCGACGAAAAAAGGAAAUUGUCCGUUUGUAACUUUGAUGAA